UAAUAAGCCUCUAGAGUCUAAAUCUUAUAUAUAUGCAUAGUAUUAGUUAACAUGCUAUACGUAUUUUCAGCUAUCUCUACAUAUAAUCCAGUCAUCAAGUUAUUAUUACCUAUUACCUAUUAUCUAUUAUCUAUUGAUAUAUGUACUGUUCUUAUUGUUGAACAAGGACAAGGACAAGGGCAAGGUCAUCCCAAUUGAGAAGUUUGUAUGUCCAUGCACAGAUUUGCCAAGGUACACACGCAGAAAAGCCAUCUGUAGCAAUGUCCAUCACGACAGAAACGAGCCAAACGCCAGCAAUGACUUCGUCUAAAGUCGAAGCUGAAGUGCCCAAGCUCUCCAUCGUGGUAGAGUUCACAGGUGGCCUUGAGAUGCUAUUUUCAGACCAGCGUCGCCUUGCCUUAUCUAUCCCGGCUACAAACGAGGAGGGUCAGCCGGCAACUAUCGCUGAUCUGAUCCAUCAUUUAUGCGAACGAACCAUGAAAGAUGCUAGAAAGGAGCUGUUCGUCCUCGAAGAUCAUCUGCGGCCUGGCAUUCUAGUUCUGAUAAACGAUGCAGACUGGGAACUAGAGGGCGAAGAGGCGUAUGAAAUCCAAGCAGGGGACAAUAUCCUAUUCGUCUCUACGCUACAUGGCGGAUAAAGCCGUACUCCAACUACCUAGGUAUCUAUUCUACGCCUGGUGCUCUAGGUACUCGAAGUACUCGAGGUACACCGCUAUUCAAACAAUGCCUUGACAAGGCCGUGACUAUCGUCAUAGCUGCAUCAUUCCCAGAGACACAAACGACAGCGGACUUGGUACAUAUGU